UUUCCUGUAUUCCCCCAUCUCCAGUGUUUAGGUUGGGUUUGUUGUAGGCAUUAAAGAUUUAAGGAAGCUGUAGUAAGAGGGUUCAAUUAAGGUCGCAAUUAGGCCAGUAUUCUAUUAAGUGGGGUGUGGGACUGCUCGAAUUUCCCUGUAAAAAGAACUAGAGUUGGCUUCAACUAGCUAUAGAUCGAGAGAUUUUAAGACAAUAGGGAUGGUGAGAGAGUUUGCAGGCGGCUCUCGAAAAAUUAAGGUGGUGUUCCAAGUUGAUAAUUCUACCAAAAGCAAAGCAUUCCUAACCCUUCAAUUCAGUCUGGGAUAUUCCUGAUGCGUGAAACUCUGCACUGGAUGUUGCUGUAUCUUCAAGUGUAUGGGAGCAUCGCUUGUGAAGGAAGUUACUUUUCUCCAUAAUGGCUUUUCCAGAACCCAAACCAAAGAAACCUGAGCUGCCUAAGAAACUGGUGAGCACCUGGGAAUGUAAACAGGGAGCUGUCAGGGCUGUACGGUUCAAUGUGGAUGGGAAUUAUUGUCUCACUUGUGGCAGUGACAAGUCACUCAAGCUCUGGAACCCCCAUAAAGGAACUCUUCUCAAGACCUACAGUGGUCAUGGCUAUGAGGUGCUGGAUGCAGCAGGAUCAUUUGACAACAGCCAGGUUUGCUCAUGUGGAUCAGACAAGACAGUUGUGCUGUGGGAUGUGGCUACAGGGCAGGUGAUUCGCAAGUUCCGUGGCCAUGCAGGGAAGGUAAACUGUGUCCAGUUCAAUGAAGAGGCUACUGUGAUCAUGUCAGGAUCUAUUGACUCCAGUGUCCGCUGCUGGGAUUGUCGUUCACGCAGACCAGAUUCCAUCCAGAUACUGGAUGAGGCCAAAGAUGGCAUCUCCAGUCUGAGAGUGUCAGAUCAUGAAAUCCUUACAGGUUCUGUAGAUGGGCGUGUCCGACGUUAUGACCUACGUGCUGGGGAGCUGUACUCAGACUAUAUUGGAAGUCCCAUCACCUGCGUGUGUUUCAGCAAAGAUGGACAAUGUACGCUGGCUGCUAGCUUGGACUCCACACUACGCUUGCUGGACAAGGAUACAGGCGAACUGCUGGGAGAAUACACAGGGCAUAAGAACGUAGCCUACAAGAUGGACUGCUGCCUGAGCGAGAGGGACACACAUGUUGGGAGCUGCUCUGAGGAUGGCAAAGUGUAUUUCUGGGACCUGGUUGAGGGAUCCCUGGCUGCAAGCUUACCUGUGAGCAACAGUGCAGUCCAGUCACUGUCCUUCCACCCAACAGAGGCUUGCUUACUCACUGCAGCAGAGGGCCUUGUGCAGCUUUGGAGGGAGGAGUCAUAUGUGGUGGAAGAAGGACCACCUGCUUGAUCAUCAUCAAUCUAGCUGGAGCUGAGAACUCCAGAUGCAAGCAGAUGGAACCCAGUAACCUACCUCUUUUAUGAAACAUCACAAUGUGCUCACUGUCUCUAGGAAGGAGUAGGGCAUCGGACUAGAGCUGUUCACACACUGGACAUUCCGUCUUCAAGUCUUCUAUGCCUUCUAGCAGUUUAAGAAGAGAGGCCUCUUCCUCUGCUAAAAUUGAAAUGCGUCCUGUCACUUUGCAGUGCUAAAUAUUACAACCACUAAUUCAAGUAUAACGUUGUCUUGUAAUUUCACCAGGGUAGCUAUGUUCCUUGGGUCCCAGUGAGAAAGGCAUACUAUAAAUAACAAAAAUAAAAUGUUAGUGUAUUAUAGCAAAUUA